CGGGCAGAGCCGGGAGUCAGCCGGAGCGGCCGGGCCGGGCUGGCUGCUGCGGGGCUGAGCCACCAGCACCGCCUCCCGGUCGGGUGGCCCCAACUCAACAGGGCCGGCCCCAGCCCCUCUGGGGAGCCGCAGGCUCGGCCUGCCAAGCGGCGAUCGAAUCUUGCCUUCUCAGGUCGCGGUAGAGGAAAAAAGGCAAGCCGACUUGCCCUCAGAAGAUGCUUUCACGGAAUUGUUCUUCCUUAGAAUACAGACGCUUCAAGAGACAUCUCGAAGACGUCUGAAGCCUGGAUGAAAUGUUGGCCAAAGCAGUUCAGCAAGAAGCAACCCAAGUGUGACAAACCACCCUGAAAAUAAAAAGCCUCUGCAUGCACUACCAACUGCGAAAACCUAUUCAGCAGCCUAUUGAGAGACUAAACAAGGCCCACGUGAACCUACAAAAGCAUUUCACCGCAGACGCUGCUCAGCGCCAGCAGACCCUACCUCGUCUGAUGAAAACCAUGCAGAGGUCGCUGUCUGUCCUCAAGCCCAUCAGCCCGACCUCAGAGGAUUCAGCUAAAGAGAGAUUCUCCCUCUACCAGUUGCUCCAAGGCAGCCAGGUAAAUCGCUAGUAAGCUACUUUGAGACACUCCCUCCAUCUCCUGGAUUUAUCAAAAUGCUGCCAUGGACGAGGCUGCAUCUGGGCCUUCUCUAAUUCUUCCUAAUCAGAAAUUGGCUCGUCCAUCAAAGCUUCUCCUGGCCGAAUAUACCUAAAUUUGGGUCCAGACCUUCACUUUCAUCUUCCAAUGGGCCUUGACAACCCCAGCAAGGGGAAGUGGGGGUGAAGAGAAGGGUAAAUUUGGUGAGUUUGCAGCUCCGAAUCGUCAGACAGGGUCUUCCUCUGAGCGGCCCCCAGAAGACUUUGACCGAGGGCCGGGCACUGUGAAUGAAACUGAACCGACCGGCUCCUGCGUGGACUUCCUCUUCUGUCGGACCUGUUGUUCUUUAGAAACGAAACACAUGGGGGAAGGGAGCGUUUUCGAGUCUUUAAAAUAUCUUCUGUGGGCUACGGAGUGCGUUUGAAAAGGAGACAAAUCCAAGCAAGUGCUCAGCUUUGGCCUUCCGCUAGCCCAGAUCCUCCUGUCUGGUGGCCCAUGCGCUGCUCCCUCGGCCCCCAGCGUGUGACAGGCCCCCAACGCGAUGUGUGUUUGUCAAACCAUGGAAGUGGGGCAGUAUGGCAAGAACGCAAGUCGAGCUGGAGACCGGGGAGUCCUCCUGGAGCCCUUCAUCCACCAAGUGGGCGGCCACAGCAGCAUGAUGCGUUACGACGACCACACCGUAUGCAAACCCCUCAUAUCCCGAGAGCAGCGCUUCUAUGAGUCUCUCCCCCCGGAAAUGAAGGAGUUCACGCCCGAGUACAAAGGUGUAGUGUCCGUCUGUUUUGAGGGGGACAGCGAUGGCUACAUCAACCUCGUGGCCUACCCUUAUGUGGAGAGUGAAGUUGUAGAGCCGGAAGACGUGCCCGAGAGAGAGCAACCGCGGCGCAAGCACUCACGUAGAAGCUUUCACCGGUCAGGCAGCGGCAGUGAGCAUAAGGAGGAAAGGGCAGGGCUGGCCCCGGAGAACACAGAGAGCCCUCAGGAGGUGAAGAGCCCCCAGGUGGAGCUGCACAUCCAUUCAGAUGUUCCUUUCCAGAUGCUGGAUGGGAAUAGUGGCCUGAGCUCAGAGAAGAUCACCUAUAAUCCCUGGAGUCUACGCUGUCACAAGCAACAGUUGAGCCGCAUGCGCUCUGAAUCCAAGGACCGGAAACUCUACAAGUUCCUCUUGCUGGAGAACGUGGUGCACCAUUUCAAGUUUCCCUGUGUGCUGGACCUGAAGAUGGGCACCAGACAGCAUGGGGAUGAUGCCUCGGAAGAGAAAGCAGCCAGACAGAUGAAAAAGUGUGAGCAGAGCACUUCUGCCACGCUGGGGGUCCGAGUCUGCGGAAUGCAGGUCUUCCAGCUGGACACGGGGCAUUACCUAUGUCGGAAUAAGUACUAUGGCCGUGGGCUUUCGAUCGAAGGCUUCCGCAACGCCCUCUACCAGUAUCUCCACAAUGGCCUGGCCCUGCGGAAAGACCUCUUUGGGCCCAUCCUGAGCAAACUGCGGGGUCUGAAGGCCGUGCUGGAGAGGCAGGCCUCUUACCGCUUUUACUCCAGCUCCCUCCUCAUCAUUUACGACGGCAAGGAGCCCUGGGUGGAGAAGUACCUGGAUCGCCGGGCAGAGACGCGCCUGAAGCGAGCGGACUGUUCGUCCCCGGACCUCACGCUCCCCGACGUACCGCCAGGCACCACGGGCACCAACGCCGGCCCCGAGGCGGUCCCACCCAAGGUGGACGUCCGCAUGAUUGACUUUGCACACAGCACGUUCAAGGGUUUUCGGGAUGACCCCACCGUGCACGACGGCCCCGAUAUGGGCUACGUGUUCGGCUUAGAAAGCCUCAUCAGUAUCAUGGAGCAGAUGCAGGAAGAAAACCAGUAGUGCCCUACUGGGCAGCCCUUGCCCCACCAUCCCUAGAGCCCUUUCCUCUCCACUCACAGGCAGGGACCACCCACUCUGAAUCGCCACGGAGGACAAAGACUUUUGGGGAUUUAGAGAGUUAGGUUUCUCUUGGGUGUAAUAUACGAGGAAAUGCUUUUUAGUA